UUUGUGGCUGGUAUUUUCGGUAUCCAAAUUUAGUUUCACUUUCAACGUGCAGAAGAAAAGUUCGUCAUGAGUUUAGUCGGCAAAGUAGUAAUCGUGACUGGAGCAAGUUCAGGCAUUGGAGCCUCAGCAGCUGAAGCCUUUGCCAAACAAGGCUCUAAAGUGGUGCUUGUCGGACGAAAUGUAGAAAAUCUCAAAGCUGCAGAAGCCGCCUGUAGAGCAGCCAACAGUAAAGCCGAACUACUCUCCAUCACUGCUGAUGUCACAGUGGAUGCGGAACGCAUUAUAAGCUCAACAAUUGAAAGAUUCGGACAGCUGGAUGUGCUGGUGAAUAAUGCGGGUAUUUUUGAAGUCGGCAAUAUUUUAGAUAUUGAUGUCGGUCAAUUUGAUCGUAUUAUGAAUACAAAUUUGCGUUCGGUCUUCCUUUUGACGAAAUACGCCGCACCACACUUGAUUAAAACUCAGGGUAAUAUCGUGAAUGUCUCUAGCGUCGCAGGUCUGCGUUCAAUACGCGAUGUUUCCACCUAUUGCGCCUCAAAGGCAGCGCUUGAUCAAUUCACAAGAUGCUUCGCUUUGGACUUGGCGCCGAAAAAAGUGCGUGUAAAUUCUGUUAAUCCUGGUGUUAUAGUGACCGACAUACAUAGACGUCUUGGUUUAUCACCGAAAGAACUCGACGACUUUUUCGAAAGUGCGAAGGAUACGCACCCACUUGGGCGUGUUGGAGAACCGAAAGAAGUGACCGAUGCUAUUAUUUUCUUUGCUAGUGACAGUUCUAGCUUUAUAACGGGAGCAACUCUACCCAUCGAUGGUGGCAAACAUGCAAUGUGUCCUCUUUAACUCAUACAGUUUAUAAAUAAAUAAUAUUAUUAUUGUCAAAAUUA